CGAGGAUUAUACAUUUCUAGCAACAAAAUCGCCACAGGCGGAAGUGAAAGGAGUAGCCUUCGGCUUUUCCAAACGAACUUGUCAUUGUCCUUCCCAACGUUGUUGUUGUUGUUUUCCUAUAAUCGCUGUCAGUCGUUGUUGUGGUUGCUCGUGGGUAACUACAGUGUUUACUCGGUAGUGUCGACGGCUUACAAGGCAAGCACCAUGGACACUGACCAUGCGAACCUAAAUGACUUCAGGGAUCGCGAUCUGGCCACGCGCAUGCGCCGCUGCAAUUACGAAAAGUACAAAUCCCUGGUGCGCAUGCACUUGUCCUUUGAACUGGAGCUGAAUACGGAUGAGUUCGAUCUCCCCUGUCACGAGAUCGUCUACGAGGACAAGGGCAAGCUGAAGAAGUGGAACCGCUUGUCCAAAAAACAUCGCCUGGGCCACGGAGCAUCAGCUGCCACAUCCUGUGCCGCCGGCUCUGGCAGCAAAUCCGUGGGCAAUAGUCCCACAGAGACACUGCAGCAGCAAAUUGACCCUGGAUUCCUGAUGCACCUUCAAGAGCUCAAGGAGUUCCUCAUGCUGGAGAAGAAUCUCACCCAGGAGGGACUGUUCCGCAAGGCCGGAGCCGUGUCCCGGCAAAACGAACUUCGGAUGCACAUCCAGCACGACAAACCACUAAAUUUAGAACAGGCUGGCUUCUCGGCCCACGACUGCGCCACCGUUUUCAAGGGAUUCCUUUCGGAGCUGCCAGAACCCCUACUCACAGACGCCCACUAUCCAGCCCAUCUCCAGAUAGCCCCGCUCUGCCAGGCGCUCAAUGGUCAAGUGGCAGCCACCGCCGAGCGACAGCGUCACCUGCUCAACUCGGUGCAGCUGCUGCUCCUGCUUUUGCCCGAAGAACAUCGCGAACUCCUGCAGCACAUCAUCGAAAUGCUGCAUGCCGUGGCCCAGCACGAGAAGAGCAACAAGAUGAGCGCCGAGAAUUUGGCCACUUUGUUUACGCCCCAUCUGAUCUGCCCCAGGCAACUGCCGCCGGAGGUGCUGCACUACCAGGCCAAGAAGAUGGCCAGCAUCGUGACCUACAUGAUCGUCCGCGGACUUGACAUCUUCGAGGUGCCCGGCAAGCUGUCUACAGACAUCCGGGCGUACUUUCUCGAGCGCAAACGAAAGAAAACCAUGUCGCCGGAACAAACGCUCGACGAGUCCAUCUCGGACGUCUCGACGGUCAACACGGUGUACACUUUUGUAGACCGCGCCGCCACUGCAGCGGCCACCAAUACGAAUAAUACGGAUACGGAGCUGGCGCAGCUUUAUGCCCACAUCCAGAGCAUGCCGGAGUCCUCCAAAAAGCGACGACUGAUCAAGCAGUUCAACAAA